UCUUCACACACCUUCGAAGACGGCGCGACACACAUACCUACGCCUCCGCUCGUUUUGGUGCGAAAUUUUGUGAAAGUUUCGGUGUGAACUCGUGAAAAAGCCCUUCCCGAACCUGCAGUCGCCGCGUUGUGCGUGAAAGAGUUCGAAUUCAGUGUGACGCUUGCACAGUACGCACAAUACAAUGACGGAUAUCGCUAAUCUACAGCAACAGGAUAGCAGCAGCUACAGUGGCGGCGGCGACGGCGACGGUGAUCUGGCCGGCGGCAGCAGCAGCAUGACGACAUUCGACCAGAAUCAGGGCGGCGGUGGCCCGGUGCCGGAAGACGACGGCAACCAACCGCACUACGUACGGCUGCGCGGCCUCCCGUGGAGCAUCACCGAGGAUGAGAUCCGCAGCUUUCUGCACGGCGUCAACAUACUGCACGUGCACAUCUGCUUUCACCCGCAGACCAAGCGGCAAACCGGCGAGGCGUACAUUCGCGUGCCGACCCAGGCGGACCGCAACAAAGCGUUCUCGCGCAACAAGCAAACGAUCGGCCACCGGUACAUCGAAUUCUUCAACGCCACCGAGGAGCAGUUCGAGAUGGCGCUGCAGGAGAUGGACGAGGGCGAGAGCGGUGGUCCGGUGGUGAAGAUGCGCGGUCUGCCCUGGACCAGCACCAAGGACGAUGUGAAGGCAUUCUUCCAGGGCUUGACGAUUAAGAAUGGAUAUAAUGGGAUACUUUUGCUACUGGACAACCUGGGACGGGCAUCUGGGGAGGCGAUUGUAGAGUUUGCAACCGAGGCCGAUGCUGAAACGGCCAUGGGCAAGCACAAAGAGAAGAUUGGGAACAGAUACAUCGAGCUGUUCCGCAGCAACACCGGCGAGAUGAGGCGCGCGGAAAAGCGCAUGCGACGCAUGGCUCCGUAUGCACGGAACGAUCGCAACUCGGGCGGUGGCAACUACUCGCAGAUGUCCGAUCCGGUGUAUGGGCAAGACUACUCCGAUAAUACGAUGGGCUCGGGCGGUAACAUGAGCGGCGGCUGGAAUGACCGUUCCAAUGGCGGCUACGGCAACGGUGGCAACGGGUACAACAGUGGCUCCAACAACAUGGGACAGAUGUACUCGCCGGGAAACAAUGGCAAUACGGGGUCGGGAAUGUCCAACAAUCUCGGCAACAUCGACAUCCUUCGCCUGCUGCAGGAUCAGCUAAUAGAGCGAGGUGGCGGCACCAACUACGGCUCGGGACGUAGCGGAAGCCCGUCCGGCGCGGGCAUGAACAGCGGUGGCGGCGGCGUUGGAGUCGGCGUGAGCAGCUACAACAGCGGGGGCGGCUACGGUUCCGGCACGGGCGGAAACUCGGGCGGCGGUGACAUGCAGUCCAUGAUGGGCAUGGACCGUGGUGGUGGCGUCGGCAAUGCGGCCUACCGCACGUCCGGCCCAAUGUCCAACAGCUACAGCAGCUACUCGUCCGGCAUGGGCGGCGGCAACAACUCCAGCAUGGGUUCGUACAACAACAGCAGCUACGGGUACGGCUCGGGCGGUGGCAGCGGCGGCGGUGGCAGCAGCGGCGGCGGCGGCUACGGCUCCAUGAACAAUUACGCCAACAAUGACUUUGCGAGCGACGAGCCCAAUCUGUACUGCGUGCACAUGCGGGGCAUGCCGUUCAGCUGCGACGAGCAGGACAUGUACGACUUCUUCAUGCCGCUCCGGCCGGUCAAGUGCGUGGUGCAGAUGAACAGCCGCAAGCGCCCGUCCGGCGAGGGCGACGCGUACUUCGAGACGAAGGAGGAAGCGAUCAAGGCGAUGCGCAAGGACAAGGAAAAGAUGGGCUCGCGGUACAUUGAGCUGUUUGCCGGCCAGCGUCAGUUCGGCAGCGGCGGUGGCGGCAUCGGCGGCGGCAGCCUCGGUGGUGGCAACUUGGGCGGCAUGGGCGGUGGCCAGUUUCCGAAGAAGUACUUUAACUGAUGAGACCGACGGUGGGACGAAGACGACGAUCGUCGAGGUGCGCUCGAAGCAGGAAGUCCGGUUUAAGAUGAGAUUCUUCACAUAUUCUUCACUUUCAUCCAUUCAUCAAUCGUGCGUGCGUGUGUGUGUGUGGAUUGGCUCCUCCAAUCGACGGCUCGCUUUCUCCUCUUCGCAAUGAGACGCUGGAGGUUCUAAUUACGGUUCCAUUCUAAGCAUUAACCUACAACUCUAUACAUUUAUUGCUACAAUCCGUCUAUGUACCACCUUGUUUAUGUAUGUGUCUGUGUGUGUGUGUCUCUCUUCUCGCAAGGGAACAACCUGGCAAGAUGAUAUCGUUUAACUAUAGAAUGACAAAUCUUUUUACACUUUCUGUUUUAAUUCACUGACGUGGGGCGCGCGCGCGCACCUGUGUUAGGGUAGCAGCUUGUUCUGUUUCGCUCUGUAGUCACCUUGUGUUUUGCUAGUAUCGAAUAAUGAGAGCAGGAAAUAAAACCAAUCGACUACUGAUACUUCUAUUCAA